AUGGCUUCUUGCUGCUGCCCAAUCAUUGCCUGGUUCGUCUCUUUCCUCCUCGUCUUCCCCGUCCUCGUCUCCUCCGCGACGGCGGGCAAUGGCAGCACAUUCGGGGAGGAGCAGCUCGGGCUCCGGCGGAUGAAGGCCCGGCUCGCCAGGGUCAGGGAAGCCUCUGUCAAGACGAUCCAGGGACUGAUUUUGGUAAUCUUGCAGAGCCCCGACGGCGACGUCAUAGACUGCGUGCCCUCUCACCUGCAGCCCGCGUUCGAUCAUCCCAGGCUGAGAGGCCAGAAACCAGAGGACGAACCUGCGGCGCGGCCAGGGAAUGCCGGCGCCGUGGCAGACGACGAGGAGGAGGUCUUGCCGCAGACGUGGAGGAGCUCCGGCGAGUGGUGCCCCAAGGGGACGAUACCGGUUAGGCGGGCGACGGAGGGCGACCUGCUCAGGGCCAGCUCCGUCCGGAGGUUCGGGAUGAAGCCCCGGAGUGCCGCGGCACGGCGGGACUCCACCAGCAACGGCCAUGAGGUCAGUCAGUCUGUGGUCCGUAUACAGCACGCGGUGGGGUACGUGAGCGGCGGGCAGUUCUACGGCGCCAAGGCGAGCCUGAACGUGUGGCCGGCGCACGUGUCGUCGCCGGCGGAGUUCAGCCUGUCCCAGAUCUGGGUCAUCUCCGGCUCCUUCGGCAACGACCUCAACACCAUCGAGGCCGGCUGGCAGGUCAGCCCUGAGCUGUACGGGGACAACAGCCCCAGGUUCUUCACCUACUGGACCAACGACGCGUACCAGGAGACGGGGUGCUACAACCUGCACUGCGCGGGGUUCGUGCAGACCAACGGCCGGGUGGUGAUCGGCGCCGCCAUCACGCCGGUGUCGGCCUACGGCGGCCGGCAGUUCGACAUCACGCUCAUGAUCUGGAAGGACCCCAAGAAGGGCAACUGGUGGCUGCAGCUGGGCCCGUCGGGCGCGCUCGUGGGCUACUGGCCGUCCUCCCUCUUCACCCACCUGGGCGCGCGCGGCCGCGGCGGCGCCGACAUGGUGCAGUUCGGCGGCGAGGCGGUCAACACGCGGCCGUCCGGGUCGCACACGCCCACGCAGAUGGGCAGCGGCCGGUUCCCCGGCGAAGGGUACGGCCGCGCGGCCUACUUCCGGAACGUGCAGGUCGUGGACUGGGACAACAACCUCAUCCCGGCGGCCGGGCUACGGCUCCUCGCCGACCACCCGGGGUGCUACGACAUCGCCGGCGGCCAGGGCGGCGCGUGGGGCAGCUACUUCUACUACGGCGGGCCUGGCAGGAACGUCCGGUGCCCCUAG